AUGUCAAAGUUUAAAACUAUUGAUUCGUUCUUUAAAAGGAAAGAAGCCGACAUUUCGAAAAGUAAUACACCGUUGGAUCUUAAUGCCGAAACUUCAAAUCCCGAUGAGUGUCAUCUUAAAUCUUCAAGGGUUGAAGAUGAAGAACAUCCUUGCGGAGAAUCUCUAAUUGCGGAGACACAAGAGGCUCAUUUUAAAUUAUCCACACUUAAUGUUGAUGAAGUUGAUGCUUCUUUUAUAGAACGAGAUCCUGGAUUACGUCCUCCGAUCUGGGACUAUCCAGUCAAUCAACGGGAUGAAAUAAGGCGGGCUUAUUUGCAACAUGGUCCAUAUCAACCUAUUCUUCGAAAGGAACAAUAUCCACUUUCUGGACCAGAAAAGCACCCUCGUCGCUUUCAAGCUUCUUGGUUCACACAAUUUUCAACUUGGCUUGAGUAUUCUCGUUCUACGGAUGCUGCAUAUUGUCUACCAUGCUAUCUUUUUUCUAUGAAAGCACUUGGACGUCCUGGAUGGGAUGUAUUUACUAUAAAGGGGUUUAGAAGUUGGAAAAAAGUUCAUGAUGAAAAAAAUUGUGCCUUCUUGACUCAUAUUGGGGAGGAUCCUUGUUCACCUCAUAAUAAUGCUGUGAAAUAUUGUGAGGAUUUGCAAAAUCAAGCACAGCAUAUUGAUAAAGUAUUGAAUGCACAAAGUACCGAACAAAUUCUAAAUAAUCGACUUCGUGUGAAAACUUCUAUUGAUGUUGCUCGGUGGCUUACAUUUCAAGGAUGUCCUUUGAGAGGUCAUGAUGAGACUCCUGCUUCAAAAAAUCGAGAAUUUGCAAAGUAUACUUCACAUACAAUUCAAAAAGAGAUUUUGCAUGUUAUUGCAAGUAAAGUGCGAAAUAAAAUUCGUGAAGAUAUUGGAGACUCUAAAUUUUGCAUUAUUGUUGAUGAAGCACGGGAUGAGUCUAAGAGAGAGCAAAUGGCUAUUGUUUUGAGAUUUGUUGAUAAAGAUGGUUUUAUACAAGAACGUUUCUUUGAUAUAGUUCAUGUUAAAGACACAUCGGCAUUGACUCUAAAGAAUGGAAUAUUUGAUGUUCUCUCUCGUCAUUGCCUUGAUAUUCAAAAUAUUUGUGGACAAGGAUAUGAUGGUGCUAGUAACAUGCGUGGUGAAUGGAAAGGAUUGCAAGCAUUAUUUCUUAAUGAUUGUCCUUGUGCAUACUAUAUUCAUUGUUUUGCUCAUCGAUUACAAUUAGCAUUAGUUGCUGCGUCUAGAGAGGUGGAUUCUGUUCAUGUGUUCUUCACAAAUUUGAAUUUUAUUAUCAAUGUGGCCAGUGCUUCAUGUAAACGUCAUGAUCUACUACAAGUUGUUCAUGCAAUACAUAUUGCACAUAUGCAAGCUAUUAGUGAGCUUGAAACUGGAAAAGGGGCUAACCAAAUUGGCACUUUGAAACGAGCUGGUGAUUCUCGUUGGGGUUCUCAUUUUAAUUCUAUUUGUAGCAUUAUAAGGAUGUUUGAUGCUACUUGUACAAUGCUUGAAGAUGUUCAAAGAGAAGGAGGUACUUACUCUCAACGAGGAGAUGCUAAGGCUGCUUAUAAAAUGCUUACAUCCUUCGAGUUCAUAUUUAUUUUACAUUUAAUGAAGGAACUCAUGGGCAUUACUGAUGUUCUUUGUCAAGUGUUGCAGCAAAAAUCUCUGGACAUUUUAAAUGCUAUUCAUUCAGUUUCUAUUGCGAAAAAACUUAUCCAAAAGUUGAGAGAUGAUGGGUGGGAUAAUUUACUUAAGAACAUUGUCUGUUUCUGCAAGAAAUCUGAAAUUAGCAUUCCGGCUUUGAGUGCUUGUUAUAUUGAAGGUCGAGGUCGUAAUCAAAAGGAUCACAUUACAGUGGAGCAUCAUUAUCAUUUUGACAUAUUCAAUACUGCCAUCGACUUUCAAUUGCAAGAGCUUGAUAGUAGGUUUAGUGAAAAGGCGAUGGAACUUUUGAUACUUAGCUCUGCUUUGGAUCCAAAAGAUGCUUAUAAAUCUUUCAAAAUUGACGAUAUAUGUAUCCUUGCGGAGAAAUAUUAUCCUCUUGAUUUUUCUGAGCAGGAGAAAAUUAAUUUGAGAUAUCAGUUGAGGUAUUUUGAAUUUGAUGUCCACACCGAUCCGACAUUACAAAAUUUGUCUUCUAUUGCAGAAUUAUGCCAAGGAUUGGCAAAGACAAAAAAAUCAGAGACAUACUAUCUUAUUGAUAGAUUGAUUCGUCUUAUUUUGACUCUGCUAGUGUCUACAACAACUACCGAACGAGCAUUUUCAGCAAUGAAAAUUGUUAAAACACGACUACGCAACAAAAUGGAUGAUGAUUUUCUUGCAAAUAGUUUAGUUAUUUAUAUUGAAAGGAAAAUUGCUGAGAGUUUCGAUUUAGAUUCGAUACUUGAUAAUUUUGUACUUCUAAAAUACCGUAAAUGUGAACAAAAUUUUUAG